GAAAUGAAACUUGAAGAACUACUGUUUAUGCACUGUUGUUCUUCAUCACUUUCUACAUUGCUGUCCUGAUAUUGAUCUCUUGGACAUGGCCUUUAUGUUUGUCGUCUCGUACUAUCGUGAAAUCCCAACGGUUGUUUGAUUCUUCCAUUAGGUAUUUAAUCUCAAUGUAACUGAUAACUCCUUAAAUCCAUGAGAUCUGGGAUAUUCAAGGGCCAACCACUGUUUAUGUCAGUACUUCUUGUGUAAGUUUAAAAUGUAUUCCUUAGUUGUCUUCAAAUACCUAAAGCUGUGGUUUUAUCCAUCUGAAAAGUUCAUCCAUAACUUGUUAAUGAAUUUUGGCUUGUCUUUGCACCAGUUCUUAUUAGCACCAUAAAGUUACAAUGAUAGCUGCUCUAACAAUAGGAACACAACAAUUUUUCUGUUUGGCUUUUAAAAUCAGAUGUCAAAUUUGGUGACCAGAUUUGUUGCGUCUAAUUUUGUCUUCUCAAACUAGAGAAGUAAUAAUUUACUUUUUAUCAUGAUUUUUUUUAAUUUACAAUUCAUGGCAGUUCCCUUAGCGAAAUCUUCAUGCAGCUAGAAGCAGAGGCCACUGCUCGGGCUAUUCGUUUGGCUGGUUUUAUUAACACACCUUUGUACAUAGUACAUGUCAUGAGCAUUGAUGCAAUGGAAGAAAUAGCUAAAGCUCGGAAAUUAGGUCAGCGAGUUGUUGGCGAACCAGUGGUUUCAGGUCUAGUUCUAAAUGAUUCUGGCCUUUGGGACCCAGACUUCAACAUUGCAGCAAAGUUUGUCAUGAGCCCACCUAUUCGAGCACCAGGGCAUGGAAGGGCUCUUCAGGCAGCGGUUUCAAUGGGUGUCCUACAGGGAUUCCACGUGGUGCCAGAGAACACUGGCAAAUCAGCAUUUGGAAAGCUAGUUGGUACCGACCACUGUACCUUCAACUCAACACAGAAAGCUUUUGGAAUAGAUGAUUUCAGAAAAAUCCCAAAUGGUGUCAAUGGCAUUGAGGAGAGAAUGCAUCUGGUUUGGGAUACAAUGGUGGCCUCAGGGAAAAUAUCUGUCACUGAUUAUGUACGGAUAACAAGCACUGAAUGUGCUAGGAUAUUCAAUAUCUAUCCAAAGAAGGGAGCAAUACUUCCUGGAUCAGAUGCAGACAUAAUCAUAUUAAAUCCCAAUUCAAGUUUUCAGAUAAGCUCAAAUUCUCACCAUUCAAGAUCAGAUACAAAUGUCUAUGAGGGAUGGAUCGGGAAGGGAAAAGUUGAGAUAACUAUUGUUGGUGGAAGGAUUGUUUGGGAAAAUAAUGAACUAAAGGUUAAUCUUGGUUCGGGCAAAUACAUAAAAAUGCCACCUUUCAAUUAUCUUUUUGAUGGAAUUGAGAAAGCAGAUGUGAGUUACAUCUCUUCCCUAAGAGCACCAGUGAAUCGAUUUAAAGCCAUGCAAUGAAAUGUAUGAAUACUUGUAAAGUAACAUAAUUGAAUACUAAAUAGCUUUUCGUUUCUACAAAGCAAUAAGUUGAAGGACUACGUUGAUGUAUUUUAUUUUGUCUCUCUUUUAUGAAAGUUAUAUGCUGGCAAACGGGUGUAAGAUUGUUGGCACUACUUUAUCACAAAUUGUGCACUUCAUCCUCUAAGGAAGCCCCAGGUUGUCCUCCUUGUUUAGCAAUAGUUAGAUGAUUUUGGUUCCAAAUGUUUCUUAGCUGCUAUACUAUAGUGCA